UUCGUCCUGUGCGCCGUCGUCUUGUAGCCGUUUCGUUUAUAACAAAAAAAAAAAAAAACAAAGCUUCGGUAGCGCUGAGAGCUCCUUGCCCCCUUCUCUCCUUCUUCACUCUCCAGAACUCAACUCAACUCAACGUCAAGGCCUCUCAGCCGCCGUUCGUUUGUCCGUCGAUCCACUGCCGCCGUCUGUUCGUCAAACCCCAGAGCCCAGAGCCCCAGACUUCAAAGAUGCUUACCUGGGUAUCCCUUCAAAUGUCCCAAGCUGCAGAUUACUCCUGAGAAUGGCUUAUCAGAGAGUGACACUGAUAAACUAUUUUCACUCCUCCAUGAUCAGAUAUGAUCCCAGUUUAUACCUCAGUAUAUGUCUCUACCCGGUGUCAUCUCUCUUUCACAAUCAAAUCUUGUUCCGGAUCAAAUCAUCAUCGUAAUCUUUCUGUUUAUACUUCUCCGAUAAUCUCAUUUCUGCAUUCUCCGGUCUUUACUUUUCGUGGCGGUGGCAUCGGCGUCGGCCACCCAACGUGCAAAGGCUGUGCUGUUCUCUCGUGUGCUAGGCAGCUAACUGGCUCUAUCGUCCAAGAGUGGGAAAAAGUCUAUGGGGCCAGCAGUUUAAUUAAAAUCUGGCCAGCACUUAACCAGCAAAAGAAAACUGCACAGAUGGAUUUGGAGACUGAAAACAGAUUAGCUGCUAUGCUUAUGAGGGAAGCAGCUGAAUUGCGGCGACAGUCUGAACAGGAAGGUGUUCUGGCUUAUCUUCAUAAGUCUAAUGCAAGGACUCGGCCAAAUUCAUGUUUCCUCACUGCUACUGUACGUGGGGUACAACAAGCAAAUCGAGCUGUGGAAGUGAAUGAGAUGUGGCGAGUGCGACAGAAAGAAUUGGAACUUGAUAAACAGGCUAAAGGCACCACGAAAGAUAAAAGCAGUGGUUACAAAAGCCACACGGAUCGUGACUCAUCAGGAAUCUCUAGACGAUAUGCUGCUUUUGAUAAUAGCUUGAAUGCCUCUUCUUCAUGUUCAAGUAAAAGAGAAUGGGAUGAGUGUGGAUCAAAAGAUAAAGGAAGUUCUGACAAAUACUACAAGGAUAUUAGUAAUAGUAACCUAUCAAGAAGCAUGAGUAGACAUGGCAAUUUUCAAGAACCAGAGUAUAAUCCAGAACCAGAAGGUAUAAGGGAUGAAGAGAUGGAAGAGUUUCUUCAUACAAGGAAAAAGCGAGGCAGAGGUGGCAUCGGUCCCAGAAUGGAUGAGACUGGGCCUUACCUUCCGCCCCAUCCAGAUGGGGAAGCUAGUCCUACACCGGAUGCAAGGGAGCGCCGUCUUAUUUAUGGUCCUGAGAGGCUGUCAUCAGGGAAGUCGAAUGAAUCUUCAGAAGAGGAGCUUCACGAUAAAAGGCUGAAAAAGCAAAGAAAGUCUCACUCUGGCAACUCAGACAAGGAGCACUCUAACUCUAAGAAGCACAGGUCCAAAGAAAAAUCAAAGCACAAGAAAAAGGAGAAAAGAAGAAAACACCGUCACUAAGAACUUUUGUGGAAUUUGAUAUUCACUGUAGGUAACUUUAGAAAAUUUGGAAAACUAACAUUUUUACUUUGUACAUAUAUUGCGUAAGAUCAGAGAUGUGGGUAAAUUUAUCAUAUACAAGUUGAAUAGUAGUAAGCUAGUAGGUAAAUGCAAUUUGGCAAGCAUGGGUGAGAUUUAUGCCUACAAAAAGUUACAGCAACUUUUAGUUGGCGAACUAUUGACAAAUGAAAUUCAUGUAGAGAUUUGUGGAAAUUUCAUCAAGCAGAUUUAACAUCA